UCUUCUUGUUGGGUCGGUUAUGUUAUUGACCCAAUGUACAAUUAGGCCUCGGCCUGUUUUUCUAAUUUUUUUUUUAAGUUAACGACGUCGUUUUGCUUUGUUUAAAAAAGGGUCGGGUCUAGUACACAUAAGCCCCCACUCCCGUCGCCGCCGCAUCGGCGUAUACGUUCUCCCUCAAACGUAUCGCCGUCACGCAGAAAAUGACAAAUAACAACUUAAUCCUGCACAUCCCAGACGAGCCGCCACACGACCUUCACCAUCAACCUACUGUUAGUGUUUUUGCUUCUUCCAUCGAUCCGAAGCAUGCCAAUCAAAUUGUGAGGCGUUUGAAUCAGAUAGCGCCGCUCGAAGAUCUCCGUCAUGUGAAGCGAAUUCAGAAGAAAGUUCUGGAAGGAGGACAAAUACAGCUAUCAGUGAUCUUGUGCCUGGCCUAUGAAGGUGACAAUCAACUCGAUCAUGUGCCACCUCUUCUUCAGGAGUUGAUCAGUUCCUAUCAGUUGAGUCCUUUUAUUACAAAAGUCUGCAAAUAUGCCGCAACAUCAAAAGAAGAGUGGCAAGAGCAAUGCAAAUUUUGGCCAACGUCAUAUCAUCCAAGAACUUACAACAUUGAUGGCAUUACUGGAUUUAGCGAGGAGGACUCGCAAUCAGUUUUGAAGUUUAUGCAAUCUGCAGUUGAGUUGGCAACAUCUGAUGGCUUGGUAGUCAACGCUGCAGUGAUAGUGGAUCCUUCAGCUAAGCAAAUAAUUUCAACUGCACGUGAUGAAGUUUUUUCGUGGAACACUUGCAAAGAUGAAAGCUGCUAUAGAAAAUCAGAUUUAUCUAGUUCUCAUCCUAUUUCCAAUAGCUUGGAUCCCCAGAAACUGUUACAUUUAAGAAGUUCCUGCAAUCAUCUCAAACAAUCAUAUGCACGUGUCGGUUGUCUAUAUCCUUGGCAAUGGGCUGAGCAGCAAUCGCAUUCAGAGAGUUCAUAUUAUUGUCAUCCUUUGCGACAUGCUGCCAUUGUAUCUAUAGAAUCAUCUGCUGCCAGAGAUAGACAUCUUUUUCCCAAUGAUGAGAGCAGUAAAGAAAAAAAUUUGGAAUCGGAUCAUGAGAGUCUUUCGACAAGCUCUUCUUCAAAGAGACAGAAAACUGUUGAGGGUGAUGAUAAAUUGAAUGCUCAAAGUCAAACUUCCAAUCAGAUUGAGGACAAUGAUAAAUUGAAUACUCAUAGUCAAACUUCCAAUCUUCUUUCAGCACGACCUUACUUAUGCACUGGUUAUGACAUAUAUCUUGUUUGGGAACCUUGCACAAUGUGUGCCAUGGCCCUUGUCCAUCAGAGAAUUAGGCGGAUAUUUUAUGCUUUUCCAAACCCUAAAACCGGUGCCUUGGGAAGUGUUUACAGAUUGCAGGGUGAAAAGAGCUUAAAUCAUCAUUAUGCAGUUUUCAGAGUUUUGUUGCCGGAAGAGGCCCUUCAUAAAUGUGAUACUUGAAUUGCAGAAGCUGAAGAAACUAGUAUUUGACAGAUUUGUUGAGUAGCCGAUGUAACUUCUUAAAAUUAAGAGUAGAUGAAGGAUUUUAGCAGCAGAUACUAUUUAUUAGUGAAUAUUGAACUUUGGUGAUUAAGUAGCAGUUGUACCUUCGGAAUCGUAUUUGAAAGCAUUUUUUGUCUGUCAUGGAAAGCAAGGUCAUAUUGACACUUUUACACCAAAAUGGAUUCGAAUUUUGCUUGUUUAAACUAAUUACCAAUCUAAUACCUUCUGUAAAUUUUGGUACACUAAAAAUAGGGUAGGGUAUUAUUGACAUUUGUUUCUUAAUGUUAUAAAUAAGGUAAUUACAUGGUUU